AUGGAUACCACCUGGCAAUUCGACUUUUACCCGCUGGCCCCCAAGUCUUCCUCACUCCUACCCAUGAGUAGCAACAACGGUCGUCGUUUGGCUUCGUCGUCUUCCGGUUCAGGUUCUUACCUAACUGCCGAGCUGCCCAACAACGACUCGUUCGUGUUCGACGGAACCAACUCGGACCUGGCUCAGCAGUUGUAUUACCGAGCGCUUGCUGGAGAUUCGGCCGAGCAACUCAACGCCGACUCGCUGACCUGGGACAACCUCGACGGCCUUGCUCAGCGGGCGCUUUUCUGGGAUUCCGGCUUCAGCCUGUCGAGCACCAACGAGUCCGUGCAGAUUUUCACCGAUGGGACACAUUCAAUGGCGGAUCUCGCCGUUCCGAUCAGCGACUUCCUAUCUGCUGGCUGCUCAUUCAAGAACUGCACUCAAGCCGACAACACGACGAGUUAUGUCGACCUGGGCUGUACUGGCGAUAAACUUGUGUCGUCGACCAGAUGCCUCAUCGAGGACUUUGAAGACGACACCUCCGAAACCGUUUUUACGACAAUGUGGGCCACUGGUGGAUCGCCAGAAAUGAUCCCAGUGCCGUACGUGUUCAAGCACGUCUGGACAGAUGGGUCUAGCAACAACACGUACACCGUGCUUGCAAUCCACACGGUGCCCUGGGAGAGAGAGGGCAACAACGGGUUGGGUACCCCUGCGAUCAUCGGAAUCAUCGCGGCGUGCGUAGUUGUCGCCGUUCUUUCCGUUCUGGGAUUCCUGCUCGUUCGGCGCCGAAAUUCCAGACCGAACCAAGGUCAAGCCGGGCUAUGGGACGAUGACAUCAUUACGGCAAAUCGGAUCCCACGCGAAAAAGUCCACAUCGACCAGCUCCUCAGUCGCGGCGCCUUUGGUGAAGUCUACACGGGGUUCUUCAAUAGCUACCAAGUGGCUGUCAAGAUGAUGCUCCCCAGCACACGCCGCGAUAUUCGCAUGGUCAAUGAGUUUCUGGCUGAGGCGAGGCUGACCGCGUGUAUGGAGCACCCGCGUAUCGUGACUUUCAUUGGCGUCGCGUGGGACUCAUUUUCCGACUUGUGCGUGGUGCUGGAGUUUAUGAACGGUGGAGACUUGCGGACACUGCUGAGCAAUUACGACAAGGAUGGCCAUCCAGUGGGAUUCGACCGCGAGAAGGUGACUCCGGCCGUCAUCGUUUGA